AUGUCUCGCGCUGGACUGUGGCUGAAGGUCAUUGCAGGCGGUAUCGCUAUCUCUGUCGGAGGGCCUGCAUUUGUUGAAUAUAUCCGACCGACCGACGAGGAACUUGUGAAGCGAUAUAAUCCAGAUCUCCGGAAACGAAGUGAGGAACAAGGCGAUCAAAAAGCGCAGGAAUUUGAUGAAUAUGUGAAAAAGCUCAAGGAGUGGUCUAAGUCUGAUAAGUCAAUCUGGUAUGCCGCGCAAGAAGAGUUGGAUCAAAAACGUGCGAUACUUGAGGCUCAAAAGGCCAAGGCGAAGGAGGAAACACGAAUUCAACGGGAAGAGAUGCGGAAGGAGAUGCUGGGGAAGGAUUGA